CGGAUAUAGUGAAUGCAGGGUCCGGGGAGAUCGGAUAUAGUGAAUGCAGGGUCUGGGGAGACCGGAUAUAGUGAAUGCAGGGGUCCGGAGAGACCAGAUAUAGUGAAUGCAGGGUCCGGGGAGAGACCGGAUAUAGUGAAUGCAGGGUCCGCGGAGACCGGAUAUAGUGAAUGCAGGGUCCGGGGAGACCAGAUAUAGUGAAUGCAGGGGUCCGGGGAGACCAGAUAUAGUGAAUGCAGGGUCCGGGGAGACCGGAUAUAGUGAAUGCAGGGUCCGGGGAGACCAGAUAUAGUGAAUGCAGGGUCCGGGGAGACCGGAUAUAGUGAAUGCAGGGUCCGGGGAGA